AAAGUUUUCCUCACCCCCUCUUUUCCUUCCAACUUCUUUUCUUCUUUUUCUUUUCUAGUAACACUCUUUCAAAAAAUAAAACCAUGAUCCGUACCAUGUUACUUGCUUGUCAAGAAUUCCUUAAUAGGAAAAUAUUUGAUGAAAAAUUAGCAGAAAAACUCAAAGACACAAAGGUAAUAUAUAGAGAUGAGUUAGGUAAUAAAAAGAUCAUAUCUCCUUUGAAAAGAAGGACAUGUACGAAAAGUGUCCGGUUUGCGGAUUCAGAACAUGAAGCCGAUUUGGAAAAAGACGAAAAGGAGGAGUUGAUGAAAGGAAGAAGAAGCUGUAGUAUUGAGGAAUUAUUAGGAGAAAGAGAUAGGAUGAAUGUUACUAGAGUGAAGGUAAAGAUGACAAAAGAAGAAGCAGCUAAGUUGCUGUCAAAAUUUAAAUGCAAUGAAGGAGGGUCUCUUCAAUUUAAGGAUGUUGUUCCUGUGCUUGUGGCUCUUCCAAUGGACAGAGUUACCGUUGUGUCCACUUGAGCCAAUUAUGUAAUAUAUAGAAAUUGUAGGUGUUGUAGUGGAAUUAAUGUAGGAAACAUGUAUUAGCGCAAGUGGUUGAUGCGCACUAUGUGUGUGUAAGUGUUGUAAAUUCCAGAGCACUAAGUUUGAAAAAAAAAAUCUGCUAGGUUGGCUAAAAGUUUAAUGCUUCCAUUUGGAAUUAUUAUGUAUAUAUGGCAUGAGAUCAAGCAUGCAUCUAAAUGAUAUGUAGUGUUUGUGUGUCUUGUGAUUUUUGUUUUUUUUAAGAGAUCUUGUGAUUUUUGUGA